CCUACAGUGCGGAAACAGUAAGCAUCUCACGAAUCCGCAUGGAGUUCCUGACCAGUCGAGAACCAUCGACACCCUCAACCAACGAGCAUCCCUCUGGUGCCUCUGUCGCUUACUCCCUUCCUCUCUCCCCCUGGCUACUACUCUAGUACUAGUGCCUCUCUACGCUAGCGCUACGCUCCAAACGAAAGUAAGCCGGCCCACAGGCUGA